CCUCCCCUGUUUUGGAGCAAAGCAUGGGGAAGAGCAAAGACAAAUCUCGAGCUCAUUCAGUCUCCUCCUCCUCCUCCUUCUAUUCACUACUUCACGCUUCAGCCUUGGGGAAUGGAGAUCACAGUUCACUUUAAUCCUUCCCCUUACUUUCUUUCUCUCAUUAUUGUUACCACUCCUCUCUUACCACUACUAAUCUCCCACUAAUUAAUUCUCAUUUGCUUCUUCUUCCCUCCUCUGUAGUUCAGCCCUCUCUGCUGCUAAUUCAUCUCUCUCCUCCUUCCUCUUCCUUUCUUUCUUUCUUCUCUCCUGAGCGACAGCCACCCUAAAUUUACUAGCGGGUAACCAAGAGCUCUCCAAGCAAGAAGCAGAGUCUCAUUUAUUGCAUUUCCCCCCCUUUUCUUGAUUACCUCUCUGUUUCAGAGAAAACUGCCCCCAAUCUCAGCUUUUUUCCUUUUAUAGACAAUCAAUCAAUCUGGUUUUGCCUAUUCAACUCAACCAUACCCAUUUACCCACAACAUGCGUUUGUCCCUCUGCAUGUGUUCCUCUGUACUUUGAGCAAGAGAGAGGGGAAGAAAGAUUCAAGAAAGGAGAAGGGGAAGCUUCAAGCUUUGUUUCUGGGUAUUGGUUCUUUCUUGCUGUCCGGGUGUGUUUCUGUGAGAAAAGAUGGGGGCGAGUGCGCAGCUGCAGCAGCAGCUCAGCCACAUCCACAACCAGCACCUGCUGAAGGUGUACGAGAAGCAAAUAGGGCCCAAGAGAGCAUUUUUCUCUGUUCAGGCGUACAGGCAUUGGCUCUCCAAGGCAUUCGUGGCGUGGGUCUUGGGGACUUGCUGCAUCGCUCUCUGGAUUUACAAUUACAUGGACGAGGACAGCAAAUUGAGGAGGAAAGAGUUGCUGGAGAGCAUGUGCGACCAAAGGGCUAGAAUGUUGCAGGAUCAGUUCAUCGUCAGUGUGAAUCAUGUCCAUGCCCUUGCCAUCCUUGUUUCCUCUUUCCAUUACUUCAAGAACCCUUCUGCCAUUGACCAGGCAACGUUUGCUGAGUACACUGCCAGAACAGCAUUUGAACGGCCAUUGCUGAGUGGGGUCGCUUAUGCAGAAAGGGUGCCCAAUUCUGAGAGGGAAGAAUUUGAGAGGAAGCAUGGUUGGACCAUCAAGACAAUGCAAAGGGAGGCUUCCCCCAUUCGUGAUGAGUAUGCACCAGUCAUAUUGUCUCAAGAAACUGUCUCUUACAUUCAGUCCAUCGACAUGAUGUCUGGGGAGGUAAAAGUCGGAUUAGCAUUUCGGCAUUUGUUGUACUUCAACGUUGUUAUCCAGGAGGACAGAGAUAACAUACUACGAGCUCGGUCCACAGGGACAGCCGUGAUUACAGGUCCUUUCAGGCUGCUUGGAUCCCAUCAUCUCGGUGUAGUGUUGACAUUCCCGGUUUACAAGUCCAAGCUCCCCCCAUCAUCAACAGAACAGCAGCGUAUCGAAGCAACUGCAGGAUAUCUUGGUGGUGCAUUUGAUGUGGAGUCCCUAGUGGAGAACUUGCUUGGACAACUAGCUGGGAAUCAAGCGAUUCUGGUGAACGUUUAUGAUGUGACCAACUCAUCCGAUCCGUUGAUCAUGUAUGGUCAUGAGGAUCAGGCAGGUGACAUGUCACUUGUUCUUGAGAGUAAACUUGAUUUUCGGGAUCCAUUUAGAAGGCAUAAGAUGGUUUGCAGAUAUCAUGACGAUGCGCCAUGGAAUUCGUCAGCAAUCGUCACAACAAUAUUAUUCAGCAUGACGGGUAUAUUAGUUGGCUACAUCUUGUACGGUGCAGGAAACCACAUUGUGAGAAUUGAGGAUGAAAGAAAUGAAAUGGAGGAGCUAAAAAGCCGAGCUGAAGCUGCUGAUGUUGCCAAAUCACAGUUUCUGGCUACAGUAUCACAUGAAAUCAGAACUCCAAUGAAUGGCGUCCUAGGAAUGCUUGCCUUGCUGCUGGAUACUGAUCUUAGUUCGACUCAGAGAGACUAUGCUCAAACAGCACAAGCUUGUGGAAAGGCACUGAUAACCUUGAUAAACGAGGUGCUAGACCGAGCCAAAAUCGAAGCUGGAAAGUUAGACCUGGAAACUGUCCCAUUCGACCUUCGAUCUGUAGUAGAUGAUGUCCUUUCUUUAUUCUCCGAGAAGUCUAGGAACAAAGGCAUAGAGUUGGCUGUGUUUGUUUCGGAUAACGUUCCAGAGUUAGUUGUUGGCGAUCCUGGGAGAUUCAGACAGGUCAUUACAAAUCUUGUUGGGAACUCUGUGAAGUUCACUGAACGAGGACAUAUAUUCCUCAGAGUUCAUUUGGAGGAGCAUGCCAAGGCUGUCACAGACUCAAAAGCCAACAUCAGUAGUACUUUGAAUGAAGAAGAAUCCGACGAAAGCAUGCUAUUGUCUGGCUCUCAACAAUCCACAACCUUAAGUGGUUCAGAGGCUGCCGACGAGUGGGACAGUUGGGACACAUUCAAGUACUUUGUCGCCGAAGAAGGGUUCACAAUGAACGGUUCAUCAAAUGGAGGAACAUCUUAUGAAGAAGCAACUGGGAAUGUCAUUACUUUGAGAGUUUGCGUGGAAGACACCGGCAUUGGAAUCCCUUUGACAGCCCAGGACCGUGUUUUCAUGCCAUUCAUGCAGGCAGACAGUUCAACGUCAAGAACCUAUGGAGGAACGGGGAUUGGGUUAAGUAUCAGCAAGUGUUUGGUUGAACUCAUGGGUGGGCAGAUAAAGUUUGUCAGCCGCCCUCAUGUUGGGAGUACCUUCACGUUCACAGCGGUUCUAGGGAGGUGUGAGAAAAAUGCUGUCAACAAGACGGAGAAAAAACGAAAUGCCGAAGACCUGCCUUCUAGCUUUAAAGGACUGAAGGUAGUGAUAGUAGAUGCUAAACCAGUGAGGGCUGCAGUUACCCGGUACCACCUGAAGAGGCUUGGCAUUGUAGUUGAAGUUGCUAGUAGCGUCAAGGUGGCAGCUAAUACGCUUGCGCCUGGAAAGAGCAGUCAGCCAGACAUAGUUCUUGUGGAGAAAGACACAUGGUUCUCUGGGGAGGAACGCUGUUCACCAGUAUGGCCUGUAGAUCGGGAACAGAAUGGACAUAUUAGUACCCAAAAGUUGCCGAAGAUGAUCCUGAUCGCUACAAAUAUCAGCAAAUCGGAAGUGGAGAGAGCUAAAGAAGCAGGGUUUGAAGACACUGUGAUCAUGAAGCCCUUGAGAGCCAGCAUGGUGGCUGCAUGUCUUCAGCAAGUUCUUGGAACGGGAAGGAAGAAGUCACAAGGUAAAGGAUCAUCUAGUUAUCUUCAGAGUCUACUGUGUGGCAAGAAGAUUCUCGUGGUUGAUGACAACAGAGUGAACCGAAGAGUUGCUGCUGGUGCAUUGAAGAAGUUUGGGGCAAAUGUAGAAUGUGCUGAUAGUGGUAAAGCUGCUCUUGAGUUGCUUCAAAUACCGCAUGGGUUCGAUGCUUGCUUCAUGGACAUUCAGAUGCCUGAAAUGGAUGGGUUUGAGGCAACACGACGGAUAAGGCAGAUGGAGAAGCAAGCGAACGAGCAGCUGGAAGCUGAAGGUUCGAUCGCAGAAGAAGGGAAAGAUGGUUGGCAUUUACCGGUAUUAGCCAUGACGGCUGAUGUGAUACAUGCGACGUAUGACGAGUGCGUGAAAAGUGGGAUGGAUGGAUACGUGUCGAAACCAUUCGAGGAGCAGAAUCUGUAUCAGGCAGUUGCCAAGUUCUUCCAAGACAAGCCCAUUUCUGGGUCAUAAUCAGUCAACCGAGAGCUGCAAAGAGGAGGAAGCGAUUUUAGGUUUUGAUGAUUCUUUUGACGGGCAAUGUCGAUGCAUUGCCUUGCUAACCGAUUUCAGAUUAGGCCUUGAUAUGUAGGAAUACGUUGAUCAAUGUAGUGCAGGAAAUGCUAUGUCCACACCUUCUCAUCUCAUUUCCUCUGCUGUCAUGUUUGUAUAGCAUCCUUGGAAUGUGAAGGGGGUCUUGGAAACCCCCAUCUAAAAACAAGACAAGGAAAAGUGUAAAUCUUUUUGUCUCUGUUGAUGUUCUUGUUAAUGGGUUUUUGUUUGAUACUACUUUUCAUGUGCCAAAUUUGUCUGUGAG